AUGGCCCUAGGUAAUAGUGAUUGGAAUAUCUCUUUCCAUAACUCUAAGUUGUAUCAUCUAAAUCAUGUGGGUAGUGACCAUAGUCCCAUAAUGUUUGUGACUGAUUCUUGUAUAUCAAACUACUGGAAACCUUUCAAAUUCUUUCUUACUUGGUUUAAUGGUGAUUCUUGUUCCAAUGUUAUUGCCAAUGCUUGGAAAACUGAAUUUAAUGGUUCACCUGCUUUUCAGUUUACUAACAAAAUGAACAUUACUAGAAAAUUUCUCUCUAAAUGGAAUAUAGAGCAUUUUGGUAACAUACAUCAACAUGUUAAUUCUCUGCAACAACAACUAUCUUCAUUACAAGCUCAACCACAUAGCUCUCAGGCAGAUGCUCAAAUUAUGGCAGUUAACAAUGAUCUCAACAUAUGGCAUAAAGUACAUAAUGAAUUUUAUCAGCAAAAGUCAAGAGACAGUUUUAUCAAGGACAUGGAUAAUAAUACCAAGUACUUUCAUUCAAAAUGUAAUAGAAAAAGGAGCAUAAAUAACAUUGAUUCCAUACAAGACUAUAAUGGUAAUUGGCUGCAGUCUAGAGAGGAUAUUUCAUCAUAUCUUACCCAACAUUUCAGCAGUAUAAGUUCCACUACUAAUCCAGUUCUUGAUGAGCACCUCUUCUCUAUACUUCCUACUUGCAUUACUGCAGAAGAUAAUGUACUUCUUACAAGUAUCCCUUCUUCAGAUGAUAUCUUUGCAACUCUAAAAAGCAUGCAAAAUUGGAGUUCUCCAGGGCCUGAAGGAUUUCAAGCUGGUUUUUACAAAAGUCAGUGGAGAAUUAUAGUACACUUCAGUAAGCACACAAAGACAGAAGUUGUUAACUGUCUUACCAGCAUACUUGGAGUUAAAGCCAUGAACUCAAAAGAAAAGUACUUGGGUUCUCCUCUGCUAUCAGGGCAUUCCAAACAAGAGGAUUUCAAGUCAAUUCAAGAGAACUUUGAGCAAGGAUUAUCCACUUAUAAUUCAAUCUCUCUUACUCAGGCAGGAAUAUCAACAACGAUUAAACAUGUUUUAAAUGCAGUUCCUACUUAUCAGAUGGGAAGUUUCAAGCUCCCUAAUCAGCUCAUCAACAAGCUCACUUCCAUUGAAAGACAUUUCUUUUGGGGACAUAAAGAAAAUAAGGGUUCUAAUCCUCUAGCUUAA